AUGGAGAUAGAAAAUAGCACAGUGGUGAAGGAAUUCAUCCUCCUUGGUCUGACCCAAUCUCGAAAUAUUCAGCUCCUUGUCUUUAUGCUUAUCUUAAUUUUCUACCUCAUCAUCCUCCCUGGAAAUUUCCUCAUCAUCCUGACCAUCAGAUUGGACCCUGGCCUCACAGCCCCUCUCUACUUCUUUCUGGGCAACCUGGCUUUCCUGGAUGCAUCCUACUCCUUCAUUGUGGCUCCCAGGAUGCUGGUGGACUUCCUCUCUGAGAAGAAGGUAAUCUCCUACAGGAACUGCAUUGCUCAGCUCUUUUUCUUGCACUUCCUUGGAGGCGGGGAGGGGUUACUACUGGUUGUGAUGGCCUUUGACCGCUACAUUGCCAUCUGCCGUCCUUUACACUAUUCAACUGUCAUGAACCCUAGGGCCUGCUAUGCCUUGCUGUUAGCUUUGUGGCUUGGGGGCUUUGUCCACUCCAUUAUCCAGGUGGCCCUCAUCCUCCGCUUGCCCUUCUGUGGCCCAAACCAACUGGAUAACUUCUUCUGUGAUGUGCCACAGGUCAUCAAGCUGGCUUGUACAGACACCUUUGUGGUGGAGCUUCUGAUGGUCUUCAACAGUGGUCUGAUGACCCUCCUGUGCUUCCUGGGGCUUUUGUCGUCCUAUGCAGUUAUCCUCUGCCGUGUACGUGGGUCCUCCUCUGAGGGAAAGAACAAGAACAAGGCCAUGUCCACAUGCACCACUCAUGUCAUCAUUAUACUUCUCAUGUUUGGUCCUGCCAUCUUCAUAUACACACGACCCUUCAGGGCCUUCCCAGCUGACAAGGUGGUUUCCUUUUUCCACACAGUGAUCUUUCCUUUGUUGAAUCCUGUGAUUUAUACCCUUCGCAACCAAGAAGUAAAAUCUUCCAUGAGGAGGUUAUUGAGUCGGCAUGUAGUCUGCUGA